AUGUAUGCAUUGCCUACUAGUGCUGACCGUGCAGGUCACCUGUGCGUCCCGCCUGACCCAGGUAUAGGACCUGCUGCUCUAGCUACUGGUGAGGCUGCUGCUCUGGGUGCUAGUGAGUCUCCUGCUCCAGGUACAGGUGCGGCUGCUGCUCUAGGUGCUAGUGAGUCUGCUUCCUCAGGUGCGGGUGAGGCUGCGCUCUCAGGUACCGCGUUGGCUUCGGCCUCCCUCACCUUUACACUUGACUCUGGGGCUUCUCGCUCCUUCUUUCGGGACCGCACCACACUCACGCCGCUUGGUCGGCCGGUUGCAGUCUCCCUGGCUGACCCCUCUGGGGGUCCUGUCCUCGCUCACUUCUCCACUGUCCUCCCGUGUCCGGCUGCCCCCUCGGGCACCCUGUCUGGCCUGUACCUCCCCUCGUUCUCGACGAACUUGGUGAGUGGUGCAGACCUACAGGAUGCGGGGGUUCACCAGUUCACUCCUGCGAGUCAGCGGGUGACCCACUGCACGGACGCACGCACAGGCCGGCACCUGGCCACGUUCUCGCGUCGGCCGGGGUCGAGCCUCUACACCCUGACCACUGAGUCUCCUCCUGUCCCCGCGUCCGGUCAGGUAGCAGCGUCAGGGUCAGGACCUUCCUGUGUCCCCUGUGUCGAGGGUCGCCUCCGGGCUACUCCUCACUCCUCCCACUUCCCCCCGACAGAGGCUCCCCUGCAGACGCUUCACAUGGAUGUGUGGGGCCCAGCCCCCGUCCGUGGGCAGGAUUACGAGCGCUACUUCCUGUUGGUGGUUGACGACUACUCGCGUUACACCACAGUCCUCCCCUUGCGCAGCAAGGGUGAGGUCACUGAGGUGCUGAUCGACUGGAUCCGCGAGGCUCGUCUCCGGCUCAGGAAGAGCUUCGGCUCGGACUUUCCUGUUCUGCGUCUGCACUCGGACAGAGGCGGAGAGUUCUCCUCUGGCCUUCUGCGUGCCUACUGUCGUGCGCGAGGCAUCCGCCAGUCCUUCACGCUUCCGGACUCACCACAGCAAAAUGGGAUUGCUGAGCGCCGCAUUGGCAUGGUCAUGGAUGUCGCUCGUACGUCCAUGAUGCAUGCGGCUGCCCCCCAUUUUCUGUGGCCGUUUGCGGUGAGGUACGCGGCGCAUCAGCUCAACCUUCACCCCCGGGUCUCUCGGCCUGCGAUGUCCCCAGCCUUGCUGUGGACAGGGAAGGUUGGCGAUGCGUCUGUGUUCCGUGUCUGGGGAUCUCGGGCGUUUGUCCGCGACUUGUCUGCGGACAAGCUGUCCCCUCGUGCUGCUCCCUGUGUCUUCCUUGGCUUCCCCACUGACGCCUCAGGGUGGCAGUUUUACCACCCCUCCUCUCGUCGUGUUCUGUCCUCCCAGGACGUCACGUUCGACGAGUCAGUCCCCUUCUACCGUCUCUUCCCCUACCGCACUCCUUCCCUCCCCCCUCCCCCGGACUUCCUUGUACCAGUUCCCCCCCCGGUAGACCCCCUCCCCCCUCAGGUUCCUGCCCCCUCAGGUGUGUCCCAGGUAGACGCCGUUGACCCGGUCGAGGUUACAGGUGACUCUGGUGCUGCUGCGGGUGCUGAGCCUGGGGGUGCUGACUCUGGGGGUGCUGUGCCCGGGGGUGCAAAGCCUGGGGGUGCUACUGCUGGGGGUACUGGGCCUGCGGGUGCUACUGCGGAGAGUGCGGAGCCUGGAGGUGCUGAGCAGGGGGGUGCUCUGCCUGGAGGUGAUGGGUCUGGGGGUGCUGGGUCAGGAGCUGCUGAGCCUGGGGGUGCUGCGUCUGGAGCUGCUGAGCCUGGGUUUUCUCCUGCUGCUGCGUCUUGCCGGGAGCCCCUCUCUCCACAGGAGCUGCGCGAGUGGGUGCGGGUGCUGCCGGUCCCGGAGCUACUGGACCUGCGGGUCCUCCUGGAGCUGGAGCUGCUGAGGGCGUUGGUGCUGAGCCUGCUGCUGUUGGUCCUGCCGCUGGAGGUGUGGGUGGCGCUGGUGCUGUCUCUGAGGGCGCUGGUGCUGUCCCUGCUGCGUCUGGAGCUGCUGAGCCUGGGGUUUCUCCUGCUGCUGCGUCUCGCCGGGAGCCCCUCUCUCCACAGGAGCUGCGCGAGUGGUACGCUCGCCGCUGGAGGCGUGCUGCUGAGUCUGGAGGUGCUGCUGGAGCUGGAGCUGGAGCUUCUUCGACCGUCGAGGGUGUGGGUGCUGCCGGUCCCGGAGCUGCUGGACCUGCGGGUCCUCCUGGAGCUGGAGGGUACUGAGGGCGUUGGUGCUGAGCCUACUGCUGUUGGUCCUGCCGCUCGAGGUGUGGGUGGCGCUGGUGCUGUCGCUGAGGGUGCUGGUGCUGUCCUUGCUGAGUCUGGAGCUGCCGCGCGGCCUCGGCCGUACUUCUCGCAGUCACUGUUGGAGCCUUCCUCUCCUCUGCCUGCUCCCUCUCCUUACUCUGGUCCUACUGGAGGUCUUGCUGAGCGUCGUGAGCCUGCGUCUCGUCCCGCGUCGCCUGUUCGUGCUGCUCGCGCUAGUGGUCGCGGUUCGCGUCAGCGUCCUCCUCCUGUCCCUGGCACGCACCGGAUGUCUCUGCGUCCGUCCACUGCUCCUCUGCGUGCCCCUUUGCCUUCGCCUCCUGAGUCCUCUCUUCCUGCGCUUGCCGACCCUAAGUCGGACUCUCUUCGCGCUGCCAGUCCUACUGUCACGCGUCUGCUUGCUACUGUCGUCACUGACCCCUCUUUUGAGUCCACUGCUGCGUCUGCUCUAGUCGCUGAGCUCGUUGACUUUGCUGCUCGCUGUCGUCUCGACUACGCUGCUGGUCUUGUUGCUGAGUCUGCGUCUGUCUGUCCUCCGUCCGUCGGGGGUGAGUGUGCUCUUGGCACGGACGUCCUAGAGGACAGACAGGAGGAGUUACAGUGUCUAGCGGCUGCUUCACCUCAUCUCGCGUCUGUACUGCUUGCCCCUGAGGGAGACCCGGAUGCACUAGACAUCCUCGACUCCGCGUUCUUACGCGGAGGCCGUAGAGGUUCCCCCUCCUGGGGCGAACAUCGUCAGUGGCAUGUGGAUCUUCCGGGUGAAAGCGGCCGCCGGGCUCUCCACCUUGUCUUCAAGGCGCGGUACGUUGCUCGUGGCUUCAGUCAGCGGCAGGGAGUUGACUACUUUCAGACCUUCUCUCCCACCCCGAAGAUGACCACUCUUCGGGUGCUGCUGCACAUAGCCGCUCAGCGCGACUACGAGCUUCACUCUCUCGACUUCAGCACUGCGUUCCUGCAGGUCUACGGUCUCCGCCAGGCACCGCGUGAGUGGCACGACACACUGAGGACUACGCUUGCGGCUCUUGGGUUUGCUCCUUCUACUGCUGACCCGUCGCUGUUUCUGCGCACCGACACUUCACUGCCGCCGUUCUACAUCCUCGUGUACGUCGACGACUUGGUCUUUGCCACAGCGACACUGCUGGACUCGCCUACGUGA